AUGAUGUUGACCCUCUGGCUAGCAAGCGCUUUUAUUAUCAUCAUAUUCUUCGUCCAGCCACUUCGUGCGCCCAUUGCGAAACUGCCGGGACCAUGGUAUACCAAGUUUACAAGCUUGGCUCUCAAAUACCAUGAAUUCACCUCAAACAGACGGCUCUAUAUCCACGGGCUCCAUCUGAAGUAUGGAAGUGCCGUUCGCAUCGCACCAAAUGAGGCGUCGUUUGCAGGUUUGGGUGCCAUUAAAGAGAUCUAUGCUUCUGGCGGGAGUGGAUAUGACAAGACAGAGCUGUAUGACCUGUUUCGUCAGUUUGGGAUCAAGACUAUGUUCUCGACUCUUGAGAAAUAUGAUCAUAGCCAACGCAAGCGAGAGCUCGCGGAUCGGUACGCCAUGACGAAUAUUCUGCGCGAGGAGCACGUUGCGGCGAUCAAGGACCGGGCGAAGGCCUUCGCGUCUCGAUGUGUAGCCUCAACGAAGAGUGUUGACGUCUACGUUUGGCUCCACUGCUUCGCCCUCGACGGCGUAACAAACUUCAUGUUCAGCCCCGGUGGUCUACGCUCGCUCGACUCCGACAAGGACUUUGAAAUCAUGGAAGAGCUAACCUACCACCAGAGCCUACAGAAAAACCUCCUCCACUACUACCUUCCAGGUCUAGUCCCUUACUUCCCGCAAAGCCUGAUCCCCCGUCGCUCGCCACUCACAAACGAGUACGUCCUCAGGAUGGCCGCGCAACAAUCCCCAACACCACACAGUCUCGUCGGCAAACUCGCACGCAAAGACUCCCCGCUCAACCACGCGCAGAUCGCCGCAGAGACCAAAGACCACAUGGCCGCGGGCAUCGAUACAACCGGGGACGGGCUCUGUUUCCUAAUGUGGGAGCUUUCGCAACCUCUCAACUACGUGUUCCAAGAGAGGUUGCACGAGGAACUCCGUACUGCGUCUUCAGAUGAUGACUCUGAGGGUCUUCAGCUCGACCGCCUCCCCUACCUUGAUGCUGUAGUUAAGGAAGCCCUCCGUUGUGCGCCUCCGAUUCCAAUGAGUUUUCCUCGCUAUGUGCCAGCCGGUGGAAAGAGUAUCGAGGGGUAUUUCCUGCCUGAGAAGACGAUCGUCAGUUGCCAGCCGUAUACUGUCCACAGACUCGAUACCGGUGUCUUCCCCGAGCCCGAUAAAUUUAACCCGGAUCGCUGGAUGGAGGAGAAAGGCGCAGCGGAGCGGAACAGGUUGUUCUUUGCGUUCUCCACCGGUGGUAGAGGGUGUACCGGUAGGAAUCUAGCGAUGGUAGAGAUGAAGGUUCUAUUGAAGGAGGUUUAUAGUCGCUUUCGCACGACCGUUGCGCCGGAUAUGAACGGAUGCAUGGAUAUUGAUGAUCAGAUUAUUUCCUCGAGGCCAAAGGGGCAGACUUGCCGGUUGGUGUUUAGUGAAAGGUAG